CAGCACAGGAGGGAGGGACGGGAUGAGAGGAUGGGGGACUCACGUCCUAUAUAAGUGGAGGACGAGGGUUCUGUGUUGUAGUCGCUGCUCACAACAUCCACCGCCAUCAUGAAGGUUAUCCUGAUGCUCUGUCUCCUGGGCCUGGCCUCCGCCAACGUCGUGCCCCUCUUCUACGCUACACCUGGUGGCAUCAGCCCGUACGGGAUCCCCGCCUACAAGCCGGCGAUGGCUUACUCUCCUGUCUACACCCCUUUCGUGCAGCCCGGCUACGUUGCCAAGACCCCCGGCGCUGAGCACUACGCUCCUCUGCCUGAGGGCCUUGGCUAUGCCUCCCACCACAUCAACGUGAAUAAGGCACCCGGCACAGAGUAGGCCCCUUCUGCCCCAGUGACGGUGGCCACACGUGGCAACGCCACCCUAAUGAUCUAACCUUCCUCUUUAACUUUUCAUGUCACCUCAUUAUGAGAAAAUCUUACUUGAUUAUUAGAUGGCCUGGAUGGAUAUGAUCAUAAGUUGAUUUUUCAAGUUCCUGGAUCUCCACCUGCACCCCAACACUCAUCUGCAGGAUUCUUCUAAAAGAAAAAGAAAACAAGGCUCAACACAAAAUUGUCCUCGUCUGAGUCCCAUUUUGUUUCAGGAGAUUUUAAGAACUGACUUAUUGAUGUGAAAGAAAAGUUUUGGCUAAUAAAUACGUAUAUACAUACAAA